GUGCACCCCGCCAGAAUGUUCGCCGCCGGGCUGGCUCCCUUCUACGCGUCCAACUUCAGCCUCUGGUCGGCCGCCUACUGUUCCUCCGCCGGCCCGGGCGGCUGCUCCUUCCCCCUGGACCCCGCUGCCGUCAAGAAACCCUCCUUCUGCAUCGCGGACAUCCUGCACGCCGGCGUUGGGGAGACGGGGGCGGCUCCGGAGGGUCUGGCGGGGGCCUCGGCCGCUGCCCUCACCGCACACUUGGGAUCGGCUCACCCGCACGCCUCUUUCCAAGCUGCCACCAGAUCCCCGCUUCGACCCACCCCGGUGGUGGCGCCCUCCGAAGUCCCGGCUGGCUUCCCUCCGCGGCUGUCCCCGCUCUCAGCCGCCUACCACCACCAUCACCCACAACAGCCACCGCAGCAGCAGCAACCGCAGCAGCAGCAGCCUCCGCCUCCACCCCGGGCUGGAAGCUUGCAGUCCCCAGCCUCCGGGUCGCGGCUGGUCCCGAAUCCCCACCAUAGCGCUUCCGCCCCGGCCCCCUCCAGUAAGGACCUCAAAUUUGGAAUUGACCGCAUUUUGUCUGCAGAAUUUGACCCAAAAGUCAAGGAAGGCAACACACUGAGAGAUCUCACAUCGCUGCUAACCGGCGGGCGGCCCGCGGGGAUGCACCUCCCCGCUCUGCAGCCCUCCACCGGCCAGUUCUUCGCGUCUCUAGAUCCCAUUAACGAGGCUUCUGCCAUCCUGAGUCCCUUAAGCUCGAACCCGAGAAAUUCAGUUCAGCAUCAGUUUCAAGACACCUUUCCAGGUCCCUACGCUGUGCUCACGAAGGACACCAUGCCGCAGACGUACAAGAGAAAGCGCUCGUGGUCACGGGCGGUCUUCUCCAACCUGCAGAGGAAAGGUCUGGAGAAAAGGUUUGAGAUUCAGAAGUACGUGACCAAGCCAGACCGAAAGCAGCUGGCCGCGAUGCUGGGUCUCACCGAUGCCCAGGUGAAGGUGUGGUUCCAGAACCGGCGGAUGAAGUGGCGACACUCCAAGGAGGCCCAGGCCCAGAAGGACAAAGACAAGGAGGCUGGCGAGAAACCGUCGGGCGGAGCCCCGGCUGGCGACGGCGAGCCGGAGCUGAGCCCCAGCCGCUCGGAGGGUGAGGCUGAGAGCGAGAGUAGCGACUCCGAGUCUCUGGACAUGGCCCCCAGCGACACGGAGCGGACUGAAGGGGCCGAGCGGUCUCUGCACCAAACGGCGGUCAUCAAGGCCUCGGCCGCCGGCGCCCUCCUCGCCGCCAGCAGCGGAGGCAGUGGCGGGAGCGGCGGCGGCGGCGGCGGCGGCGGUUUUAACUUCGGCGUCCUCAGUAGCGGCAGCACCGGCGGCGCCGGGAGCUCCGGCGGCCACAGCAGCGGCAGCGGCGCCUCGGAGCUGCUCCCUGCGCUCCAGCCAGCCCUUGGCAGCGCCCCCAAAAGCCCCGAGCCCGCCCCGGCGCCGCUCGGCGGCCUCUAGACUGGACGAGGUUGGAGGAGACGCGGGGCCCUGCGUGCAGGCUCCCAGCCUUCCAGUGUGGGCUGGAUUCUGUGCCUACUUUCCAGUGGCGGCGGGAGUCCCAGCUUGCGCAUCGCUGUCCCGGCCGGUGCAGCCCACCCCUCCCAGAGCCGAGGGGAGUCGGAAUGCCUCUCGCCAGGCUCCCAGCGCCCGCCGAGCACUUUUGCCUGGAUACAAGCAGCUCGCACUGUGAAGCGUUGGACUAAAC